UACUUUUGAACCGGUCAGUCGAUUGUGAAAGAUGUCUUCAGUAGGAGGGGUCAUUACUUUGGUGCUAGUAUUUGCGCUUUUCAACGCACGUAGAGCAGCGGCUGAGAAUGGUUCGGGACGUCCCAGUACAGAAGACUACAUCACACAGUACCGAAUAAAUGCCGAUCGAUACCGGGUAACAACAGUGGACGGAUAUCGUCUUACGUUGUUUCGUUUGAAACCACUAGUUACGGUACGAGCGGUCGCAUUGUUGCAGCAUGGAAAUCGCCAAACCUCGGCAGACUGGUUGAUACUCAACUCGAAUCUUCCUUUGCAACUGUUAUCGAAUGGAGUCGAGGUUUGGCUCGCGAACUCUCGACUUUCAUCGGAAAGUUCUGGACACACCAGCAUCAAAAACACUUCCGCUGAAUUUUGGAACUUCAGUUUUCACGAGAUUGGAUACUACGACCUUGCUAGUAUGGUAGAUGCCGUCCUGAGCAUUUCGAAACAGAAACGCCUCCACCUCAUCGGCUAUUCGGAAGGAUCGACGGCUGCACUGAUUUUGCUUGCCGAACGUCCCGAGUAUGGUGCGAAAGUCAUCUCGCUGAACCUGAUGGCCCCGGCGGCAUUCAUGGGCCACAGUACUUACAAACCCAUAGCUCAAACGCUAACCAAUGUUCGAUUGUUUGCACCCUGGCUUUACGCCCAACUGCACGUCAAUAAUUACGUCAACGGAAGCACCCGGAAGCAGCUAGAGCACUACGGUCAACUGAUCCUAUCCGGUCGAUUUCGACAGUACGACUACGGUUCCCGAUUGAACAAGCAAAUGUAUGGCUCCGAACAACCACCGGAUUAUCCACUUAACAGGAUAACAACCCCGACGGUGCUCCAUUAUGGUGAUCUGGACAGUGUCGUCCAUCCGAUGGAUGUAAAGCAGCUCGGCCAGGAGCUAGGUCGCACCACCAGCGUUCAAGUGAUCGGAUACGAAACACUGCAGCAUACUGAUUUUCUAUCAAGAAAAAUCGCUGCCCAGCAGGUGUAUCCGAACAUCGUCAAAAAUGUUGCCAAAUAUAGAUGAAAGUGAUACAGGGAACCGCGAAAGUUUUAUUUAGCCAUGAGAAAAUGAAAACCAGUUUUACGCAAAACAUUAUAUUUUGUAUGCAAGAUUGGUGCUGUAGCCCGCAACACGUAGAAACAAACACGCGGAAAUCCCGGAAUAACCAAUAAUGGAAGCCAUUAGUGAAGCAGCCACUGUCAAUAUUAAUCCCAAGUUGGUUACUUAAGCGAAACUGUUAUCCAGUGAAUGACAAUCCGAACGUGAACAGACGCACAGAUGAUUCGGAAUGAACCUUGCCUGCGGAAUGACAACUACUUUUGGGGAACUUUAUUGCCACGCUCUUUGUGUAUAAUAAACGGUGUGAACUGACGCGGCGGCUAAUGGCCGUUUUGGCUCGGUUCGGUCUGAUUGAGAUUUGUCGUUUUCUAUCAAUGCGUCACACAAGUGGUGAAGCGCGCCAGUAAAACCAUUUUAUUAGCAUAUUGCGACCGGUUCUUGGCGAGAACCGCAUUUGAUAUAUGGCGAACGGUUUUUGAUGUGGAAUAGGCAAACAGAACUCUAUUAAUCGAAACCGUUGAACAGAAUAUAAUUAAUGCACAGUGGUGAGUUUUUGUGUUAGAUUUUGCCUCAUUAUGUAUAAAGUUUGUCUGGUUUGGUCUGGUUUUGAUCUGGAUCGUCGAUUUUAUAUCAAGAUCAUUGCUUUGAAGCUUUGAAGUACAUUAUAAACAAUUAUCAAGAGGUGCAGUGCAUUCCAAGCUCAACCAUUGUCAGCAACGGACGUGCGAUAGACUUGCUGCGGUCCUGUUUCUUUGCAUCAUUUAAUCCGUUCCAAGGUCGUCGCGCUUUGUUAUAAAACAAUACGCUGCGUAGAGUGGCGAGUGACUUUUUUGCCAGCCUGUGCAAGUGUUGUUCGGUGUCAACCAGCGUUCUUCCCCGUGCGCACCCCUCCGCACCGUUCGAGUUUGCUGUUUGCUGUUGUCGGUGUCGUCGCGUGGAUUGAACCAACUGUACAGAUAAGUUUAUUAGUUUUUAAGUAGUUUUAAGUUUUUUUUU